CUUCUUUCUUCCCUACCAUCAGCCGGCGCUUUGAGACCUCUGCCCUUUGAGCCUCGAUCACUGCUGCAGUACCUUGCGAGAUGGCCAAGAACGACCAUCGCGCUCGAUCUGUGCGUGGUCGAGGCAUUCGAGCGCCCUUCGACACUCGACACCGCCAUUGCGGCUCUCGUCCCGCUACCACGGCUCAAGAGUGGCCGCCUCACACCACUAGAAAGCCCAUGCCAGAAGUUGAAGGACACCCACGCAGCCUGACUUCCUCUACCAGCCAGUCCACGAGCAUGCCAGGAGCAGCUCAACAGAAAGGGCGAGUCCCGCCUCAACCAUCAAAAGUGGAAGAAGAUGAAGACGACAUCCCACUUUCCCGGCUCUUUUCGUCCAAGAUCGCAGACUCCGGCGCAGCAGCUGCGAGCGAACGUCUCAACAAGGUCAAGCACGCCUCCGUCGUCUGUACUGAGCCGCUUGCCGCUUCAGUCAAACGAUCGUGGUCGUCGAAGGAGGUACGAGUGCUUGGCAACAUCCUGGUCGAACAUCGGCAUUGCGACACAGAAGCCUAUGAGGCCUUUCUGCGCGCCUUUCCCACAACUGUGCGCUCUUUUUACGCUGUGCAGAGAAAGGCAUACAAGAUACUGAGAGAGUGGGAGAGCACGGACGAGGAGUCUGAGAGAGAGGAAGAGGAUGAAGAGGAGCAAAGCGGGUCCGGGUCUGAGGAGGAGUCGAUGGAAGAGGGAGAAAUGCGGGACUCUGAUGAGAGUGUCGGCUCGCAGGACGAUAUGGAGGAAGGUUCAGUCGCUUCAUCUCUGACCCCACUGCCAGAGGAGGAGACACCGCAGCUACCCAUUUCUCAUCAGACGCGAUCACAGUGCUCGACAUCAACACCCGUCGAAGCUCAGCAGAUCGUCGCGAGUUCUGGAGGAGCGAAAGGUUCAGGUGCAGCGCGGACCCGAGCAAAUCCCAGACGAUACGCCAAAGCAGCCCUGCACGCAAAGAGCGCCUCUGGCUCUAGCGCACCCAUAGACCUGGCUAUUGCCCACGGCGCCAACGAGGUCAUCAUUCAAAACUGCCCAAGCGGCUUUACGGUGAGCGUGUACAGCAAGACGUUUGUCAGAGUGACAAGAACGUCGGUCGCACAGCCGGCAGGCCUCAUUUCUUCCUUCAGGCCUCAGCCGCCGGCAUUUGCGUUCAACGUGUUGACUGCGGACGGGUCUAUCCAGGCCACAAAUCUACCUUCGGGCACUAAGACUACAAUUGAGACUCUUCACCGGCCCAGCCUGUUCGACUACGGCGAAACGCAUGAGCUCAGUGGGGGAGAGGUGGUGAAACGAGCGAGCUUUGUGGGGCCCUGCGGAUUUGCAGUGAGGUUCGUGUGGGCGGGGACAGGUGAAGAGUGAGUGAGAGCAGGGACAUGGAAGCCGCAGUCCAAUGUUCGGAUAGGCGAGGAGACGAGGAACUAGGGGCAGGAGGGAUGCCAUUGUAUACUCGCCCUUUGCGACUGGUCAGUUGAGCCGCUGCGAUACAGUAGCUACAGCUCGUGAGAAAGGGAGCAGCUAGUGCUGCGCAGCCUCGACCACUUUCCUCCUUUCCUUCCUUUGGCGGGCAGACACUCGAGUGUCGCCCCUUCAUUCAAUCUUAGACAGUCGUCCUUUUCAGCACUCUGCUUGAACAGGAUGAGAGCUUGGGCCAGAAGUACAGAAGGGGCCCUGGCUCGAGAAGCUGGGCCUUGUGCAGUGCUCACCAAAUGCGAGCCGCGAAUGUGGAAGGUCGAACGAUG